GGGUUUGUUCGUUUUUCACCAAUUCCUCUCUCUGUUACUUCCGCUCUUCCGUAAUCAGUGGUGGUGGCAGGAAACAACUGUCUAUCUAGCAGGGGUACUGGGUAAAUCAUUUGGUUAACCUAUGCUGACCUUUGAAUCUACAACAUACUGUUCCUUUUCUAUUUCAGAUGUUAGAACAUAUGCUCCAAAAUAUUCACAACUGAAACUGCAUCUAGAACAUGGAGUAAUAUCAAAUUCUCAAACAGAUGCCUUGAGAUUUAGGGGUUUGAUCUCUUCUCCAUCCAAGAAGUGGACGAUAUGUUCUGCUGCACAAACUCAAACAAUAGUUUUGGGUGAUGAAGAGAGGAAGAUGUGGGAGUCAUGCAAACAAGCUCUAUCUACAUUCAAAUUCAGUGACAAAGAGGAAGACAUGAUAUUAGGAAAAGCAUUUGGCCAAGUCCAUUCACCUUAUUGGGGUGAAGAAAGAGAGAAGGAAGUUCCAAAAGUUGAUCUAGUAAAUGAUAUACUGGAUUAUCUAAGGACAUUAGGCCUUUCAGAUGAUGAUCUUUGCAAAUUACUUAAGAAAUUUCCUGAGGUUCUUGGUUGCAGUGUUGAGGAUGAGCUGAGGACUAAUGUUCGGGUUCUGGAGGAGGAAUGGGGAAUUAAGGGGAAAUCUCUUCGAAACCUUCUUCUCCGUAAUCCCAGAGUUUUGGGUUAUAACGUGGAUUGCAAGGGUGAUUGUAUGGCCAAAUGCACUCGCUGCUGGGUUCGGUUUUAGCUAACUCAUUAUUUUUUUAAUUGCCAGGCGAGUAACCUAUUUUUGUGUAUGCAUUCAAUUAAGAUGCAUUUGAAAAAUAACUAAAUUUAUAAAAGUAUUCACUUUUUAGGGGUUGAGUUGAAUUCAGAAAAAACUAUUUUUGUCUAUUCCAUGUAUGUAUUGUUGUAUCAUUUGAUUAUGUAAAAACUAGCUCAUGGAAAAUACAGUUGGGAUUAUUUGUUCUGUGUUCACUCUUGGGUGAAUAUGCUAAAAGAUAUAAUACCUUUCUUUUUUUUUUC